GGUUUCCUCCAGAGCCGCAGGAUAUGAGCAAUGUCUUCGGCGUAACAUGGCGCACGACAUGCCUGGGGCUUCGUUCCCCAAGCUUGCACCCGCCAAAUCUAGCAGCGCCAUUCUGCCCACUUGGUCGACAAAUCUCUCCGGCAUGGAGCCUCGAUAGCACCCCGCGACGGCUGCUUAGCUCCAAGAGAUUGUCCACGAUUUUACUUCCAGAUACAAGAGUCUCAGCUGACCGUCCCUGUUUUCCGAAUCGAAUCCGUCCCCGAAGCUUCCAGAGCUCCGCAGUCCUAUUAGCCAACAAGCCAACAAUUCCGCCGGUUGAAAAAGGAGUCAAGCUGCGCGAUGUCCCAUUCUCGAAGACGGAAAUUGACAAGAUAUUUGGAUCACGUAACAAAAUGUCUCCUGCCAUGGGGAACCGGGUGCUCUCGGUUCUUCAAGCCAGACGUCUUGCCGGUACACUCGACCUUGACCUGCCCGCCGAUAUCACACGUGCCACGCGCCCUUCUAUGAUAAAUGUUGGCCUAGAAUACCUCCGAAAGAACUAUCCCAUGGAUGAAGACGCCGCCAUUAUCGCCCGGAUCGAACGAGAGGAGCGGGAGUAUGAAGAGAAACUUGCGCGAGAGGCGGAGGAACUGGGUUUAUACAAACCGCAAAGUGGCACAUAUGGCGCGGAGCUGGGCGAGCAAAAUGAUCCGUCGGGAAGGAGUGUUCUGAAGGCAAUUCGUGAACGGAAUGAAAAAAGACUCCUUGCUGAGGCGGAGAAGAAACGACAGGAAUGGCUGGAGGGCGAAGAGAACUACCGCGAGAAGCUGAAGGAGCAUAUGGCAAAGAACACUGCGCUUCAGAAGAUCGAGGAUACGACUGCCUUAGAGGUCAAAGGACGGGCAGACCCGAGCCAGCGGCCACUCCUCGCGUGGAUACAGAAACACCAUCUCCGCGCAACAGACACUGAAACAGAUUUCUCAAAUUUGACGACAAGCAGCCGUUUGAUCCCCUCGCUCAUUUUUACUCUUAUGGUCCUUGCACUGUGCUAUGGGUUUGCCGUGACAUAUCAACCACCAGCUAAGGCAGACCGUAUGUGGCCGAGCCUACCACCAGCAGCCGCUACAGUGUCAGCUAUCAUCGGUUUAAAUGUGGGAAUAUUCGUUCUAUGGCGAGCCUGGCCACCGGCCUGGAGGCUCCUCAAUCGCUAUUUCAUCAGCGUGGCUGCUUAUCCGCGUGUAUUCGGCUUGGUUGGGAAUGUUUUUAGUCACCAGCAUUUAAUGCACCUCGGGAUCAACAUGUCCGUCCUCUGGUUUUUCGGCACUAAACUGCACGACGAAAUCGGCAGAGGCAACUUCCUAGCCCUAUACAUCGCUUCCGGCGUGUUCGGGUCCUUCGCCUCUCUGACAAUGCAUGUCCUACGAAACUCACUCUUUUUAACCUCCCUCGGAGCCAGUAGCGCGAUAGCAGGCGUCCUUGCCGCCUCGGCCCUAUUGCACCCAGGUGACAAAUGGACAAUCGCGUUCCUCCCACGCGAAUGGCAAGAAUCCCUCUCCGCUCCAGCCUGGAUGUUUUUCGCCGGUCUGGUCACCUUUGAUAUUGUUGGGGCCGUCAUGAAACGUCACGUGCCGAAGCUCGACUACUAUGCGCACUUGGGUGGAUAUUUGACUGGGGCGGUGUUUGCGCUUAAUUAUAGAGCGAGAGCGCGUAGGGAGCGAGAGAAGAACCGGGGAUGGCUGGACAGGGUUAUCUCGCGGUAG